CGAGGCAAAAAAACCCGGCUAUGAGAGCUAUGGGGGGAGGUCUCUAGAGAAGUGCGCCGGGCAAAGCCGGAGGAGGGCUUCCUGAGACGUGCUGCCUGGGGCCGGGCCCGCUAGCGCCCCGUGGGAACCCCGCGUCCUGCCGCGCCCGCCCCGGGCCGGGUGCGUGCGCGUCGGGAGUCAAAGCGCCGGGCGCACCAGGAAGUGACUCUAUCCCGUGGCUGCGAUCCGGGCCCUUAGCUGAUCUCUUCAUGACCCGCCUCCGGUUUGUAAGAGGAUUGGUUACGAAGGUGUUCAGGUCCUGAUGCACAGCCUGAGAUGCUUCCUCUCCAGGGUGGGUCCCUUCUCCAAACCGGGACUGUUCCCCUGGUGUGCCACAAAGUCUCCAGCUUGGUCACAGCUCUUUCUGGGCUCAGCGUGUAAGGGAAACUUCACCCAUGUGGUAGCCAAGAAGCAUCAAAGAGGACAACAGAAAAGUCAGAAGAAACCAAGACAUUGUGGGCCACUAGAUGGUUCCUGGCAGGAAAGGCUGGCUGAUGUUGUGACACCACUCUGGAGGCUGAGCUAUGAAGAACAGCUCAAGGUGAAAUUUGAAGCUCAGAAGAAAAUUUUACAGAGAUUGGAAUCUUACCUUCAAAUGCUCAAUGGAAUCAGUGUGACAACAGCUGCACCCAGAUCUGAGGGGCUGUGUUGCUGUCUCCAUCCUAUUAUACCUUCUCCUGUCAUUGAUGGCUACCGAAAUAAGUCCACCUUCUCUGUGAACCGAGGUCCAGAUGGCAAUCCAAAGACCGUGGGGUACUACCUGGGAACUUGGAGAGACAGGAACAUUGUCUGUGUACGGUCUAACCAUCUGAAAAAUAUCCCCGAGAAACACAAUCAAGUGGCACAGUACUAUGAAAUAUUCCUUCGGCAGUCCCCAAUGGAGCCCUGCCUUCUAUUCCAUGAAGGUGGGCACUGGCGUGAGCUUAUAGUCCGCACCAAUAGCCAAGGGCAUACGAUGGCCAUCAUCACUUUCCAUCCCCAGGAAUUAAGGCAGGAGGAGCUCUGUGUUCAGAAGGAGACUGUAAAGGAGUUUUUCACCAAAGGGCCAGGAGCGGUCUGUGACUUGACAUCACUUUACUUCCAGGAGAGUACCAUGACCCGUUGUAGCCAUCAGCAGUCCCCCUACCAGCUCCUGUUUGGGAAACCUCACAUCUUUGAAGAUCUCCUGGGCUUGAAGAUCCGCAUCUCUCCAGAUGCCUUUUUCCAGAUUAACACCGCUGGUGCAGAGAUGCUGUAUCGGACCGUGGGGGAGCUGAGUGGAGUGAACUCUAACACCAUCCUCCUUGACAUCUGCUGUGGGACUGGUGUGAUUGGCCUCUCUCUGGCUCAGUAUACCUCCCAGGUCCUUGGGAUUGAGUUGGUGGAACAGGCAGUAGAGGAUGCCAGGUGGACUGCAGCCUUCAAUGGCAUCACCAACUGUGAAUUCCACACUGGUCGAGCAGAGAAGAUUUUGCCACAGCUACUAAAAUCAAAGGAAGAUGGGCAGUUCAUUGUUGCUGUGGUGAACCGAGCCCGGGCAGGACUGCAUUACCAGGUGGUUCAAGCCAUUCGAAACUGCAGGGCAAUCCGCACACUAGUUUUUGUUUCCUGCAAGCCCCAUGGUGAAACCACAAGGAACAUUAUUGAGCUGUGCUGUCCUUCAAACUCUGCUAAGAAGCUCCUUGGGGAGGCUUUUGUCCUGAGACAAGCCGUACCCGUGGAUCUGUUCCCCCACACCCCUCACUGUGAGCUGGUGCUCCUCUUCACUCGAUAAGAAGUCUCCUACAAGCCUGCACGAUCUUUGUUAAGGCUGAAGUAUCAGUACCUUCCAGGUUUGGCAUUUGCUGCAUCUCAGACUCUGAGACCAUUACUGGGGAAACCAAUCUUUGGAUCCUUGGAAGAGUAUAGUUAAGCCUCCUGUCUGAGGCAGAUUUAUAACCUUAGUUGUCAGGUUUGCUGGCUCUCAUGCCUUUUUGCCUGGUUAUGACUGCUCCUUAGCCCUGGAUCUAGACUGUUCCUUCCUCUUUUUUUUUUUUUUUUGUCUUUUUGCUAUUUCUUGGGCCACUCCCACGGCAUAUGGAGGUUCCCAGGCUAGGGGUCUAAUCGGAGCUGUAGCCACCGGCCUAUGCCAGAGCCACAGCAACACGGGAUCCGAGCCGCGUCUGCAACCUACACCACAGCUCACGGCAACGCCGGAUCGUUAACCCACUGAGCAAGGGCAGGGACCGAACCUGCAACCUCAUGGUUCCUAGUCAGAUUCGUUAACCACUGUGCCAUGACGGGAACUCCUGUUCCUUCCUCUUGCAGUCAACUUGCCAUGUCUCCUAGUUUAUGGUCUAGUGUCCUCAGUCUGGCUCUGCCAGUGGUGAGGUGACAAGUGAGCUUUUCUCUGCAGUUGGUCAUAAUUUCACAUUGACUCAGGUCUCUGUAUUUGCCCAGAGAUUUUACUAAAUAUGUUCUGCAUUCAUGAAGUAGCCAAGGAUUAGAGCUAGAAACAAGUCUAGCUCUUUUAAAAAGCAUAGUGAGCUAUGGAGUGAUUGCAUGAUCUCAGUAACCAAUUCCUUUGGGUUUUCUAGGCUUUGAGGCUUCUAGAACAGCCUAUAAAAUGUGGUUACUCCUACUCCCAGCACCAGUUAGCUCUCUCACCUGUGGAAGGAGAAGUGGUGUAGUAGAGAGACCCUAUGGGAAGGGAGAGCUUCAAAGAUGAGAUCGAAUACCUAUAUUUGUGCUAUGUAGUAUGAAGGCAGAAAGCUCCAAAAUCCCCUAAUGAUCCAGUAUAAUAAACUGGAUAUUGAAACUGAC